AUGAUUACGGAUGAUGGCAACGGUCACCGGCGGCUGGCACCUUACCAGGACAACUAUACCAACAGUAGCCUCGUUCACAGCCCUAGCCUUUACAAACAUGAAGCGCUGUGCGAGCAUGCUAGCAUCAGAGGUUCGGUCCGUCGCCGUUGCCCCGCCGGAUUGCACCCGAAACUUCAGUCGCAGCAGCAGCGCGUUCCAGUACGGCUACAGGGGUCCGACGUGGCCUAUACGACAGCCACAGCAGCGGUCGCGGCGGCGGCAACGCUUGGUACCGUGGAUCCAAAAUCCAGUGCUAUUGAGGUCCGCGGGCGGGCAGGUGGGGGCGACGGCGGCGGCCACGGCGAUGCCGCGUCACGUCAGCCGCCGCCGGCGCCUGUGCCGUACGAUCCGUUGCUAGACCUGCUGCUGCAUGUCGUGCGUCCACUCGACGAAGCAGGUUUUGCCUACUGUGCUGUACGACGUACGGCCGCCUGGCUGCAUGGCAUCGCGCUGCCGCUGCGCCGCCACGACCACCACCAUCGUCGCAGCAGCAGCACAAGCAGCAGCUUCGGCAUCAUCGGCACGAGCAGCGCUGCGGCCGACAUCCAGAGCAAAGGCAGUAGCAAUGACGACGACCCGGUAGGUGACGAGAGCAGCUGCAUGGACAGCACCAGCAGGCGCGGCAGUAGCGGCAGCGGUGGUAGCAGCAACGGCAGUAGCAGCGGCCACGGUUUCGAUACCACCAUCACCCGUCAAUUUCCCCCCGGACCGAAUUCCGCAUGUAACAAAGCGCCAUCGCCAUCGCCGCUACCGCGUUUGCAGCAGCAGGGGCAGCAGCAGCAGCAGGGGCAGCAGCAGGGUGCAGAUGGUGAUGUGGAGGGUAUGGUUCCGGAGCUGGAGGUGGAAGUGCAGUGGGACCAGAUGAAGCCUCCGCUAGUGCCGCCGCUGCCUGCUUUGGCUGUCCUAACGGCGAGGGCUUCUAGGGGUUGUGUGCAGGCGGAGGUGUGGUCUCAGUCUCUGUACUCGGUUGCGGUGGAGGCGGAUCGAUCCGGGGACGCCGAGCUGGCGGUGGCGGUGCGGGGCGCGCUGAGGAGCUUGCAGCGGGAGCUAUCCGCCGCCAACACGGCGGCAUGGGGCCGUGACGCCGCUUUCGACGCCUGGGUGGCGCGUUUCGGAUCUCCCGCCGAUGCUGCUGCCCGGUUGCUCCAAUACCCAAGUCGUUGCCUCGGGCCGCUCUUGCCGUACAUUACCAUGCCAGGUUGGUUAGACUCACCCCCCCUCCAAGGUCUACGUAUCGCCAACCUGUUGGGCAGUCACGGCCACAAGGCUGUAGCACUGGCGGCUCUUGGGGCGUCGAAAGUGGUGGUGGUCGACGCGUCAGCGGGCAAUGCCGCCUACGCGCGCGCGCUGGCGGCGGCGGCGGGGCUGGCGGAGGCCGUAUCGUACAUUGUCGGCGACGUCGCGGAGUUGCGGCCGUCGCCUUCGCCGCCAUCGCCGCCAUUGUCGUCACCUGCGGCGGCGGCGGACGGCGGCGGCGGCGGCGGGUCCCCUGGAUCUUCCCGCGGGAUAUUUCGAUCUGAUGUGGUUGCUCCUCUACUGCGACCCGGGGGUCGGUUCCUACUUCGGGAGUUCCACCCCGUCAGCACCAAGCUCAUUUCGUCCAAGGGGAAAAAACACAAGGUUAGUGGGGACUACUUCGCGACGCAGCCCCUCGUGGCGAUGGAUGUAGCGUACAGCAAGUACGAAUUACUGGCGGCGGCGGCGGCGACAACGAUCGCGGCGGCGGAGCCGCCAGCUCAGAAACCCAUCGUCCCCGCCGCCGCCGCCGCUGCUGGCGGCGUCAGCGCCUCCGGAACCGUUUCCUCCCCCCCCCCGACGGCGUAUCUGCGCCAGUGGGGUCUUGGCGAGGUGGUGACGGCGGUGUGCGGUAGUGGGUUGUUGGUUGUACGGCUGUUGGACGAGGAGCCGGGUCCCCGACUUGACGAUGCGGGGCUGCCCAAGGUGUUCACCUUGCUGGCGGAGCGGAUUCGGGCGGGGGGGAGUGGAGCGGAGCGGUUGGCUCGGAGGCUCUAG